AUUUGCAUGAGCUCUUCUGCAGCGGCAGCCAGUAGAUCAGUCAGUGUGCGUUGAGCUUCUUGCCAAUGAUCACUACGUUAGGAAAGCAGCUAGCGAGAGCGCGAGAUCGAGCAAGCGAGCAGGAAAAUUAGCAGGACAAAUCCAGAGAGGAGGGUGGAAGUCGGAGAGAAGGUCGUUUUCUUCGAGCGCUUCAAAACCACCCAGCAAACAAACAUGGAGCUCCCAGCCGCCGGAGAGCACGUCUUUGCGGUGGAAAGCAUCGAAAAGAAACGAAUAAGAAAGGGACGGAUCGAAUACCUGGUGAAGUGGAGAGGAUGGUCUCCUAAAUACAGCACAUGGGAGCCGGAGGAAAACAUCCUUGAUCCAAGGUUGCUGAUUGCUUUUCAAAACAGAGAAAGGCAGGAGAUGAUGCUGGGUUACCGCAAACGGGGUCCAAAGCCUAAACACCUUCUCGUUCAGCUUCCCGCUUUUGCCAGGCGUUCCGGCAUCCUCUCCGGACUCCAGGAAGCUACCAUGGAAGCGGAAAUAACCAAGACAGAGUCGAUGCAAGGAAGCAAGAUUCAGCAGCAGCAGUACCAGCUCAACAGCAAAAAGCACCACCAGUAUCAACCCAACGGCAAGGAGAGCCAGGUGGAGCAGCAGAUUAAUGGCAAGAAGAAAUACUACUACCAGCUCAACAGCAAGAAACACCACCACUAUCAGCCCGACCCCAAGAUGUACGACCUCCAGUUUCAAAGGAGUAAAGAAUCCAAUGGCCAGGUGCAUUUGGAGCACAGCAGAACUUUGGGUGCGCCAAUGCGGCCCAAAUGGGUCAACAGUAAAGAGACGGGCUGCCUGGCUCAGGUCAAAGACCUUUCCUUGGAUCUGAAGAAGGUGCCAGUUCAGCACGCUGUAACGGAACAGGCCGAGAAACCAAAUGGAGUUACGCAUGCCGGCAGAGAUGUACUGGCCAACGGGAUUGGGAGUAAAAUGAAAAUUGUCAAAAACAAAAACAAAAACGGUAGAAUUGUUAUUGUCAUGAGUAAGUACAUGGAAAACGGAAUGCAGUCGGUGAAGAUUAAAUCCGGGGAACCUAAUGCUGAUCGUCAACCCCAGGAGCGAAAGACCGACAUGUCAGAGAAUAUCCCAGAAAGGAUUAAACUGCUUGGCGUUGAAAAAACAGAAAACGGUCACAUUAAGGAAGCAGAAGGAUUACAGACAAUUAGCUGUUCGGAAUUUAAAACUGGACACUACAUCAGGGAGGAUGUAAAGCUGAGCAACGGCCUGGAAAAGGGGGCCCACGAAACGGAGAACGGGGCCGAGCCCCCGUCCGACGAGCCCCUCCAGCUGACGACCAAACCCAACUUGAUACCGUGGCCCUUUGAGAUGGGCGUGCUGUCUCGGGUAGACCAGAGGAGAGACGACACGGGCUUGAACGUGGCCCAUUCCAGGAAACGCAACCUGUCGGAACCCAAUGAGCACAGGGUGGGGGUCUCCAAAAAGUUUCUUGCCGCCAGGAGUAUCAGCGCUCCUAGCAGUGCACCCCAGGUAGCCCAAGAAAAACCGGUCAACGGUCACUUCAACGGUUUCUAUAACGGCAGCGGACAGAACUAUGGGUUCGACGACCCGAACCCCGAGGAGCCUAUCGACUUGAGCUUUGUGAAACCCCGGACUGAAACGGAGAUUUGCAAGCCAGUCCAAGUGGAACCGGAGACCCCCGUCCCUCCAGAAACACAGCCCAACAAAGAGGAGCCCGUUUCUUGUUUCAAACCUUUCCUGGGAAACAUUGUCAUCACCGACGUGACGGCGAACUGCCUUACCGUAACGUUUAAGGAAUAUAUCGCUGUGUAAUUCUUUGCGUCGGACUCCACACGAAACGGGACCACGUCCAAUGCCUGCUGCCUUCUAGAGAAAGCAAACGUGCAUACUGCUUUUUUAUUUUUAUUUGACUAACUGGCUACAAGUCAUUUGGUAUUUACUGCACUUUGAUCGACGGUUAUUCAAUUCUUUUUCUCUGCUGCUGCAUUCCAUAUAUGUGAUUGUUUGAUCCCCAUCAGUGAAGUCUGCUUUCAAAGCACAUUAAUUGUUAUGGAUAAGCGAUUAACGUGACAUUGGACCUUGGCAUCAAACGGUUAUUGAAAGACAAACUCAUUUAAAACUGUAUGGCAGAAAAAAAAAAUUAUAUAUGUAAAUGCUUGUACAUAUGUGGGAGUAUUAAGUUAACUCACUGCUGGAUGUUUUGGCUUUUGUUUCAAGGCACUUGUAUAAAAAUAUGAUUUACGAAAACCCCCCUCACCCACUCAACCCCAUCCCAUUGUGAAUUUUCCCUACAAAGGCAUCGCCGUUCGCUUCCACCAGAACCUUUACCAGACCACGUGUUCUCUGUGUCUGCAAGACGACACACUCGCGGACCCCUAAAAAA